AGCACUGACGUUAUCCCCGAAAGGCUGCACGCGCCUGAAGGCUCGGCCGCCUUGGCGCUCCCCUCGGAGACCUUGGGAGGCUGCGGCACCGGGACGCGCGACCCGGCACCCAGCUUCCGCCCUCCCCGUCCGGACCGGAACCCCGGGGCUGGCGCCGGGCAGGUGUCCAGGCUGGUGGCCUUCCGCCGAGGCGCCCGGAACACAGCGAGGGGUCGGCCCCAGCCCGAGGCUGGCGCGCUCCCCACCGCCCCGCGUGAGCGCAAGCGGCCGGCGGAAGUGUUGCGUCGCGCACUUCCGGGUGUUGUCUGCCCGCCGCCGCGCGUUUCUGGUCUCCCGGCCGCCGCCGCUGCCGCCGCCGCCUCGGGUCGUGGAGCCAGGAGCAACGUCACCGCCAUGGCCGGCAUCAAAGCUUUGAUUAGUUUGUCCUUUGGAGGAGCAAUUGGGCUGAUGUUUUUGAUGCUUGGAUGUGCCCUUCCCAUAUACAACCAAUACUGGCCCCUUUUUGUCCUGUUUUUUUAUGUCCUUUCACCUAUUCCAUACUGCAUAGCAAGAAGAUUAGUGGAUGAUACAGAUGCUAUGAGUAAUGCUUGUAAGGAGCUCGCCAUAUUUCUCACAACAGGCAUUGUUGUCUCAGCUUUUGGGCUCCCCAUUGUAUUUGCCAGAGCACAUCUGAUUGAGUGGGGAGCUUGUGCACUUGUUCUCACAGGAAACACGGUCAUCUUUGCAACAAUACUAGGCUUUUUCUUGGUCUUUGGAAGCAAUGAUGAUUUCAGCUGGCAGCAGUGGUAAAAGAACGUUACUGAACUGUUGUCAAAUGGACUUCUCAUCUGGUGGCCAUCUGCGCAUACAAGAGAUGGGGCAGUAAUGAUACAUGGCGCAGCAAGCCUGUUGGGGGUAUCCUAGGUGCUCCCUUCUCACUUUUAUUGUAUGCAUUUUUUUUUUCCACAGAGACUUAUUGGAGGAUUAAAAGGAUUUUCUGUCUUGGCAAAGCUUGACUGAUUUCACACUUAUCUAUAGUAUGCUUUUUGUAGUGUCCUGCUGGAUUUAAAUAUUUGUAUGUUUUCUUUGUUUGCCUUUUUUUAAUGAAUAUGCUGUGUUAAAUAUUUUUUAAAUGUGAUAACCAUUUGCAUUGUUCAGAAAUUCAGAAUUCCUCUGGCUAUAUUACUGGG